AUGUAUUCCCCAGCAGUUCUCAGAGUUAUCCUGGGUGACAACAGCAGUCAGAGGAUAACUUUCCAAAAUGGACUUCCUGAAUCUAUCAAAGAACUUGUUGAUGAGGUACAAAGACAGUGUGAAGUUCACUUUAAUUUUAGGCUUCAAUUUAUGGAUGCACUAUUUGCAAAUGAGUUUAUGAACCUUACUUCAAUUGAUGAAGUACAGGAUAGAGGGACAAUCAGAGUAAUUCCCAUAACCGACGCUUCAGCUCCCCACUGUGCUAAUAUCUCUUUUACCUCAGCUACUGCCCAUCGCUCGGUUGAUGAAUCCUCAUCUCUGUCUAGUGUUGACACAGAUAUACUCUCUUCACCAGAGUCAGAGUCAUCAUCAUCAAGCUCUCGGUCAUUUUGGCCUAGAAUCUUUCAUGUUCCUAAGUUUUGUUACGAUGCAGAGUUGAAACUUCAUCAGGGCAAUGCAGCUUACAAGGAAAAUGGUACAUUGCUUAUUCCAGAUCCAAAACUGAAGUCAAACAUUCUUGACGGCCUGGUGCAAGAAAUAGUUACGUUUAAAGUUUAUGUCACUGAUAAAGAGUUUAACACUGUUGGAGAGGCCCUCAUCUCAAAGCAUCCUUGCCUGACUGAGAAAGGCUCCCUCACUGGAUUUGCUGGAUGGAAAGCUAGCUUGAAGAAUAAACUGGCAAUCUACCGCACUCACUUGAGAAAGCUUGGGUGUCCAGAGGUGACAAUAAACUCUCUUAAGCACAAACCAGAGGGCAAAUCAAGUGCUGCUUUUGGCAUAAAAAAACCUAGGAGGUCUGAAGUGAACUACUGUCCCUCCUAUCCUGCUGGAGAAUCUGUUAAGAGCCUUGAGAGUGUGAGAGUUGAGCUUCUUUCAGAUGUUAAGAAGAAGAGCAACAGGGAAGUACUGAGAAUGAAAAUGGAAAAGACAUUUGCAUACAGGAGACAUGAAGUGGUUCGUGAUACACCAAUGAUACAAGACUUUCAGGCAAGAUGGCCAGCACUCUUUGACGUAAGCGAGAUAAAUGCUGAAUUUAAGCGGAUUACCACCAUGCCCCUUCAGUCCAGAUUUCUCUCUCAGUUAGAUGUGCACUCUGAGAAACUGAUGGUUCUGUUUAAAAAGAGAGGAGGACAAAUAGGCAAACACCUAGAGAGCAUCAUAGCACCCAUGGCUCAAAAUGAUGAUGUUGAUUUAGGACGAGAAUGUAUUAUCAAGGCAAUUUGUGUGUACCUCAACGAGGAUCCAGAAAACCUCUUGAGAGAGUAUGUGGCAGCAGAUGAAGCCCUCAUCCAGGGAUCCAUUGAGGAGACCACACUGGGAAUAUAUGUUUUAAAAAAAAGAGAUGCCAGUGAUAAACCAGACGACAUUGGGAUUGUCCUUGAGGGUCAAGUGGUCUUGCAGGAGUUGGAUAACGUUGCAUUAGCUUCUGCAAUGUUGUUUGGCCUAAUGUAUUCUCUAAACCUAAACUACCCUCCUGAACUCAAGUACACCUUCGAAGUGCUUCAGAAGGUUGUCAUGGAGCUGGAAGGCAACACACUCUCUAAGAAAGUCCAAGUCCUUAAAAACAGACUUUAUCAGUAAACUGACAUGUUUUGGAAUGAAUCACUGAAUAGAGGGUAUCUUGGCCUCAGCCUCUGUUCUGACCCCUCUCAUUGAUUUUUGUGAACAUAUGUGAACCUUGCA